UUCGCACACAAGGAGAAAUUAUUUAUUUUUUUUUGCUUCGAAAUUCGAAUCACUCAGCGAUUUGUGAUAACUAUAAACUAAAAAGAUAUAUCUUUUUAACCUAAAAAUGAUACAAACUUCUAAGAACAUUGCCCGUCUUUUACUUUCCACAUGGCAAUCCGUAUCCAUAACACCAGUGGCUGGUUUAAAAAUCUUUCCUUCACCAAUAAAAUUUGGUGAUAUUGAAUUUCCUGAGCGACCAAAACUUAAAAUAAUGGAAAAAGUUCCACAAUUUCCAUCAGGAAUGCGUCCCCCUAAAAUGCAAAAGCGUUUAAGAUAUAUGCGGGGUCCAGAAACUGUGCACAAUUUCCUUAUGUACAGACAAUUUGGCAUCAUUGCUACAGGAGGAGGUAGAUUAAAACAUAGUCACUUCGAGAUGAUACGUUUAACAAUUGGUAGAAAACUCGAUCAACAAAGGAUGUUUGCAAUUUGGCGUAUAGAUCCACCGUGGCAACCAGUUACAAAAAAGGGACAAGGACAACGUAUGGGUGGAGGUAAAGGUGCUAUUGACCAUUAUGUCACUCCUAUUAAAGCAGGACGAGUCAUUAUAGAGAUUGGUGGCCAUUGUGAAUAUUUUGAGGUAAAGAAAGUAUUGAAUCAAGUAGCAAAUCAACUACCGUUCAAAGCUGAAGCAGUCAGUCAAGAAAUUCUAGAUAGAAAGGCAGCUAAAAGUAAAUGGUUAGAAGAAAACAAUUUACAUUUGUGGACUUGGAAAUAUAUGGUUCAGAAUAACAUGCUUGGUUGCCAAAAAUGGAUAUCACCAGUUGAUAAAAUAUGGUUUAAUAAAUAUUUGUAA